CGUGUAUGAACCCUUUGGCUUUCCACAACGUGAUUGAACAGUCUCCGGGAGGACGUGUCGGAACGGAGCGCACGCGAGGUUUACGGUAGCCUCUGCAGAAAUGUUAAUGGGUGGUUUAUUUGAUACUCACUGCCAGAUCGUCACACACACACACACACACACGGCCGUAGCUCUGAAAGCAGCUGCGUAAUUACGCACAGUCACUUGUUCUCUUGGUGGAAGACUCGCGAAGUGAAGACGACUCUAAAAACAUUACCUGGAUAAAUAAGACCAGUCAGUUUUGGAGACAGUGAGAUAGAGAGUGCAGGAGGAGAAGGAGAGAGCAGAUGCCAUGCUGCUGUCGGCGCUGUUCUGGUUUUCUCUCGCGGUGCCACUGGGCCAAGCUUUGGAGUUUCGAUACCACAACACCACUCAGGUGGAGCAAUAUCUACACGAAAUCAGCAAAAACUACUCCAGCAUCACACACCUGCACAGCAUCGGCCUGUCUGUUGAAGGAAGAGAGCUUUGGGUGCUAAUACUGGGUCAACAUCCUAGAGAGCAUCGUGUCGGCAUUCCUGAAUUCAAAUAUGUUGGCAACAUGCAUGGUAAUGAGGUGUUGGGGCGAGUCUUGCUACUCCAGCUGAUCGAUUACCUGACCCGCAACUAUAUGAGCGACCCUUUUGUGACGAAGCUGAUGAACACCACGCGUAUACACAUCCUGCCCUCGAUGAACCCAGAUGGCUUUGAGGCGUCAGGACGUGACUGCAUGUACUCGCAGGGCAGGUUCAAUAAAAAUGGCGUGGACCUGAACCGGAACUUUCCGGAUGCGUUCUUGAGUAAUAGUGAACAGGUGAGAGAAAAGGAGGUGGAGGCUGUGAUGAAUUGGCUGAAGACGGAGCCGUUCGUCCUCUCUGCUAACCUCCAUGGAGGAGCAGUAGUGGCCAGCUACCCCUAUGACAACAGCAACGGAGGCAGUGAGCUGCAGGGGAAAUCCAGCAUUACUCCAGAUAAUGAUGUGUUUGUCCACCUGGCCAAGACUUACUCAAUUAACCAUGCAAGCAUGCAAAAGGGAAACAAGUGCUAUGAUUCCAAGGAUUUCGCCGAUGGCAUCACUAAUGGCUACAGCUGGUAUCCACUAGAAGGUGGGAUGCAAGACUACAAUUAUGUUUGGGCUCAGUGUUUAGAGAUCACUCUUGAGCUGUCCUGCUGUAAGUUCCCUCCAGAACAUGACCUGCCAGGUCUGUGGGAGGCCAACAAGCCUGCACUGCUGGCCUACGUGCAACAAGUACAUCUAGGUGUAAAAGGUCAAGUGCUUGACUCAAAUGGGACUCCAGUCCAAAAUGCCUCAGUGGAGGUACAGGGGAGGAGGAACCUUUGUCCAUUCAAGACAGAUCGCAACGGAGAGUAUUACAGACUACUGCUUCCAGGAAGCUACACCAUCACGGUGACAUACCCAGGAUACGAGCCACUCAGAGAAACUGUGUCAGUGCCGUACGGUCCGGACAGAUUCACCGCUUUAACGCGCAACUUCCAGUUUCGGGAGCCCACUUGCCCAUCACCUGUCAGAAACAGAGAGAACCACAGUGCUGCCCUGCUGCCCAGCACCAUCACUGCACUUACUGCCCUCACACUUCACACACUCCUGCUAUGAUGAGAUGGAUGACUGAUUUGACUAUUGACUGAAUGGAAAAGUGCACACUUUACUCUUCAUGCACACUACAUGGGCCAUAUUUUGGCUUGACAUAUUUUUUAUUUCAUGAGGAUAUUUCUUUCCUUUUGAUGGCCAUGAAAGGAAAGCAACUGACUCUGAAUAUUGAAUUUAAAGAACUCCCUCAUCAGAGAGGGGCGGGAUGGAACACGCUUUCUCUGAUAUUCUUCAAAUGUCACGCUUACAGAUAAGCACAUUGUAAAGAAAAACCAAAACUGUGGACAGCUGAUAUAAAAGACAUAAGUGCAAAUUGUCUCAGGCCUGUGAGCUUUGACUGUGUAAUUACACACAAAAGAUUAGAAUGUAAACAUCCAGUUUUUUUUUUAAAGAGUUUCUUUGAGAUCUUGCCAGUUUUGGCCUUAAAGGAAAAGUCCAUCCUGAACAACUUGCAUAUCAAUAUUAAUAAAGAAUAUGUGAUAUCCAGUCACAUCCAAGAUUUGUUUUAUAAUGAAAGUUGAUUUUUUUGGUUUGAACUUUUUCAUUGACAUGUUGUUCUGUUUUCAUUUUGGUUAAGGGUUUUCUAUAUUACCCACAAUGCUGUUCGAUUACUCACUGAUAGUGGCGCAACUGGGACUUAAUCCUUGCUUUAUCUCCAAAGCAGUGCAGCAGCACUUUAGUCUGUCGAGUUCUUCUACCUCCUCACCUGUACACUCUGCUCAUGCUAAUACCAAGGUCUUUGAACAAUACCAUCAUGUUGUCAACUCAUAUCUCUAAGGAUUCAAGCCAAGUUGGUUCCUGACCACAGCCUCCACAACUUGGAGUCUAACUAUUAUCCAUUAUGUUUGAGAUUGUUAAAAAGUCUUAAACACCAUUUUAACUGUACAAGCAAUAUCCCUUUAGGACAUCAGCACAGAAAAUAGCUGCUAACAUCUCAUAGGGAUAACAAAAACACAGCGCCAAGCAGCAAAUGAACACCUUAAAUGCUUCGCACAUCUCAAAUAUUACAAUAUGAGCGUAUUUAUUGAGUAAAAGGGUGGAUCUUUCCUUUAAGAUUUUUGUUAAUGUGGCCCCUGGAAUCAGUUUUUGUUCCUGACACAUGUGCUCCUAGAAUGUGGUUCUUUUACUAGAGUCAAAGCUCAGACACGUGACUUUUCCAGUGGUAACUUUAUUUGGUUGCUGACAUUCUUAACAGGAAUAAUUAAAAUUUGAAGGAUGGUAGGAUUUGUAGGAUGUUACAACAUGAAAAAUCUUCAACUUAACUAAUUGAUAUUUCAACUAAAAUAUCAAUAAUAUAAUAAUAUUCAAUAAUAUAAAUCAUUAUCAUAGAAACAUUAAUUUUUGUCCUAUUAUUGUAUUUCUGUCAUUUUUUUUUCUGUCAAUUGUUUUCUAUGAAGUCAAUUAUUUAGUAAAAGUGUGUGUUCCAAAAUUUCAAAUUAUGCAAGUAUUUUAUCAAGCCAUAAAAGUACUUUUUAUUUACUUUUAGCAUUUAAACAUUUGUUUCUUCCCAAACACAUCUGUUUGUAGGGAAAGUGUUCAGUUUCUGGUUCCAUAAACUCAAGAACUCAAAUGGCUAUGCCAAGAACAGCUCUUUUCUCUUCUACCUCAUCCUGGUAUAUUGACUUGUAGUGCCUUAAAUGAAAUUGUUAGUCACGUUUGUCUGUUGCCUUUAAAUAAACCGGAUUUUGGAAUCCUACAUUGGUAAUUAAGAAAAUGACUUUGUGAGUAAAAGGAUGAAAUUAUAAUGCUUCAGAUACAAAAAAAAACAAAACAAAAAAAAACCCACAAUGAGAAUACAUAUUCAAAUGGCAUUAAAUCACAGGUGCUGGACACACUGGUAAGCUUCCAGUAUGUUUUUUUUUUUUUUUAAAUCCCACAGAAAAGUUUCCUUCCUGUUAGUCUUCCAAUUAUUCUUUUUUCCCACGUGGGAGUGAAACCAGUCAGUGGUUUCAUAUAAAAUCUGUUUUGUGUCCGCACUGCACAACAGGCGAAAUGGAAUGUUCCCACUUUUUUUUUUUUUUUUUAAACAUGAGUCAACAAUGUCACAUAAUUGUUUUUUUUUUCUACACACUGAUAGAGAUAUGUAUAAUAAAGAACACCACAAUAUCAA